AUGAUUCACAUAAUCUGUCUGCUGAUGUUGCUUCCUGAAGGUGAGUAAAAACUUCAAACCUACAGAUAAGAUAAGAGACACUUUUAGGACAGUUUUAAUAACUUUUUGCUCUUGUUGUUUUAAGGUUGUUCAUUUCUCUUUAAAAAGAAAUUCAAGGGUUGUUGCAGUUUUACUUAUAAAACUGAUUCCUAUUACAAAUAUACCACUCUGCCUUUUAAGUAAAGAGCAGAACAACGUGGACGUUCAUUUUUGCAUUUGAUUUCUAACUCACUGUAUUUAUUCCCAAGGGGAUAAUUUCACUUUCUGAAACUCUGAAAUUGUUUAACUAAGAAGUUCAAAGAAUCUGUCGAAGGUACUUUUUCUUCAUGAUUGACCAAACACCAAAAAAAUGUUCCCACUAUAGAUGAUUUCAAGUCAAGUCAAAGUCAACUUUAUUGUCAAAUAUGCUAUGUUAAACAUACAGCACAGAUGAAACUUCAGUCCUCUUAGACCCACGGUGCAUGAGAAUAAACUAUAAGAAUAAAACUAUAAAAGUAUAAAUAUAGAAUAAACAACUAAGCUAGACAAAAGACUACCUUAAAUACUCUCAAUUUACAAAAUAAAGAUAAUAUAAACAGCAUAACAGUAUAAUCAGUGUAACAGUAUAAAUAUAAGCAAGAAUGUGAGUGGAAUAAAGUGAAUGUAAACAGUAUGGCAGUCCUGAUGUGGACACAAUAGUGCAAAUAGUGCAAUACAGAACAGCAACAGCAAUAACAUAGAAUACAAUAUUUUUAUACUGAUUAAAGAGGUGCUACUAUGCUUAUUUUGCCCUCCUGAAAGCUACUUAGCAGCAUUCCUGAAGCCUCCUCCACUGUUACCAUGCAACAAAGUUGUGUUUCUUUUUCUAAAACGACAAUUUGUACAUUUUAAGGAGAUUUAAGGUAUAGCUAUUCAGAGCACCCUGUAGUCUCAUCUGGAAUUACUUCAACACACAUUAACCUUGUAAUCUGAAACGUUGCUCAUGUAUAGUACUGAUGUCAAACACUCUAACAUAAGAUUUGUUUUUAAAGUAUGAAAAAAGCAUAAUAUCACUCUCUAAGCGUACCGGCAAGAACAUGUGAAUGAAAACAUUGUUCGAAAAGUAACGUCUAGGUGUUGCCACACAGCCUUUAAAUAGUAUUUCUUACACGUCUACAUAUGUUGUAAGAAUAGCUACAUCACUAUUUUCAGCGGUUUUGUUUGCUUGUCACAAUGACUAAUGACCCCACUUUCCCCCUGCAGUGGCUCACUCAGCUCAGGGUCACUUUGCUCACAAGCUCCUGAAGGAUUUGAUGGAGAAUUAUUCAAGCGCUCUGCGGCCUGUAGAGGAUACAGACCGAGCACUCAAUGUCACCUUACAGAUCACCCUCUCUCAGAUCAAAGACAUGGUGGGUACCAGUUCAUCCUCAUCAUCCCUCAAAUCAGAACUUGAGCCACAUGUCAUCGCAAGCAGUUUAUAUGACUGCAUGAAAUUAAUAUCAAAAUAAGAUAUGUUUUAAAUGACACAACCAUCUGUACCUGAUGGAUUUAACUGUAAGUCAUUUCCUUUUUGGGAUACAUCUGCAAAUCUGUCUCUGUUAAACCAAAAUAUAUUUGCUGGAGUGUAUGACUGACAGACCUCCUCCUGUACAGGACUGGCCUACUGUUACUCAUCUGUCUCAGGUUCCAGUUCAGGUUCAGUGCUGUGUCAUUCCACAGUGAAUAAGCACUUGUUUGGUGCACGUGAGUUUGCAGUAUGUGGCUGAAGACAGAUUAGAGCUGGUUGUAAUGUUUCUGUGGUACGCCUGAGUGUCAGUUUGUCAAGGUUGUCAGGAGAUAUACCACUAACAGGUAUUAGUGUCCUAUUACCCAGAGUACUUAUGCUGUAGUGAAGCUCUGGCAGUCAUCUCCACCCACCUCCAUCAGUCACUAGCUCUACCCAUCCACCUGAUACUUACAGACAGGUCAGCUGUUGCGAUGAUCAGAAGCUUGUCAGCCCCAGUGAUGCUCAUAGGAAGUCAAUGAGCUGCAGACAGGAGCCUGAGAGGAUCUUUCUUAAAGCUGUUAGUAUGUCUAGUGAUUAUUGUGUUUGAGUAUGUGCAAUUACAGUCUAAUCAAAAUCGUGUGUAUGUUUUUGGGUACAAAGGAUGAGAGAAAUCAGGUGCUGAUUGCGUACCUGUGGAUUCGCCAGACGUGGCAUGAUGCAUACCUGAGGUGGAAUAAGGAAGACUAUGAUGGACUGGAGGUGAUCCACAUCCCAAGCAGCCUGGUGUGGAGGCCUGACCUCGUCCUCUAUAACAAGUAUGCCCGUACGUCAGACACACACACUGGCACUCACACAUUCAGUCUAUAAGGAUCAGAUCCUGCUGUUUCAUCUCAUUUUGUUUUUUUGUUAGAGCAGCAGCAUCUUGAUUUGGCUUUGUGUUGGGGUCCUGCUCAACCUGUUGGGUUUACAGUCUGCUGUAACAACAUGUUCACUGUCAUUUCUUACAAAGAAAAUUAAGGGAUUACAGAAGUGUAAAAUUAGGUAUGUUGUUUUUUUUGAGGCUCUCAUAAACCUCUAAAGUGUAGGUUUUAUUGCAAGAGUGUAAGGCAGAGUUAAGCACACUCCAUUUUCUGAUGAAAACACAAAAAGUAAUCAACGCAAACAAGAUCCUCUUUCCACUCAGUUUUAUCAAACACAUGUCAGGUUUUAUGCUUCUUUAAUAGUGGACUUCACCAGCAUUGAGCCAUGACCUGUCAAAUUCCUGUGAAUAUUUUCUCCUUCAGAGCUGACGAUGAUUUCUCAGGGCCUAUGGACACCAACGUGAGACUGCGCUACAACGGAGAGCUCACCUGGGAUGCUCCUGCCAUUACCAAGAGCUCCUGUGUAGUGGAUGUCUCCUACUUUCCCUUUGACAGUCAGGAAUGUAACCUGACAUUUGGUUCCUGGACCUACAAUGGAAACCAGGUAAGAGAUCAGACACACAUUCGAUCUUGCCAACAUGAUGAUGAGUGGAGGUGCUUUGCAUACACUUGCUCCAUACACUUAUCCAUAACUGUGUUUUCAGGUAGAUAUCAUUAUGGGCAUGGACAGCGGUGACCUGUCUGACUUUGUGGAAAAUGUGGAGUGGGAGUGCCGUGGCAUGCCGGCCACUAAGAAUGUCAUCAUGUAUGGCUGCUGCUCUGACCCGUAUCCAGACAUCACCUAUACAGUCCUCCUUCAGCGCCGCUCCUCUUUUUACAUCUUCAACCUCCUUCUCCCAUGCUUCCUCAUCUCCUUUUUGGCUCCUCUGGGUUUCUACCUGCCUGCAGACUCUGGAGAGAAAGUAUCCCUUGGAGUGACAGUUCUUCUGGCUCUCACUGUGUUCCAGCUAAUGGUGGCAGAAAGCAUGCCUCCAUCUGAGAGCGUGCCCCUUAUAGGUAAGAGUACAUUUAUGGAAAAACAUGACAAAACCAGGACAGAAUUAGCUAACAACCAGCAGCUUGGCUACAGGUAUGGCAGCACAGGGCAGUCAUUCCUAAUUAAGAAUGAAAUCUGUCAACAGAAAUAAGACAACUUGUCACAAAACUCUCUUGACCCUCUCUCCUGUGCUCACCAGAGUGCUCGGCUGGAAACUCACCAUAUAAUCCUGACUACAGUUUUUAGCAGCCGUCAUUCUCAGGAUUGGAAGAAAAAUUUGCUGUCAUAAUGUUGUGCUGCUUGAUUGAAGGAGUCUGAAAAUUCUUAAUUUCAGUUGUUCCUCAAUAGCCAGUAUAGCUAAAAGACCAACGAGGAGGGAAAAUUAAGGAGACACAAAGCAAGUGUUAUUCAACAGCUACCAUUUACAUCCAUCAAUUUCUUUGUUUACAUUACAGUUAAUUAGAGAUACAUGAUACAUAGGAAAAACCUAACUCCCUAGUAAAUGUGUUGCUCACUAACAGCAAUGUUGGACAGGUUCAGUGCUUAGUUGGUGGUAUCCAAGCUGUGAAUUUCUAGCCAGCAUCCAUCAGGAAUCUUGCAUUACCAUUUAAUGGUGAUGAUAGCCAGGAAAGGGUUGAAAACUCUCUUAAACCUUUGUUUUUUUUCACAUGUUGUUUAACCUUGAAAUCUGGCCUAAUGUCUCUAGUGCAGCCUUUAAGACAUCACUGAACCAGUUGGUCAGAGUAAGACUUUUCAAGAAUCCUAACAGCAAACUCCUCUCCUGUCUGUUUCUGUUCCUGCACAGGGAAGUACUAUAUUGCUACUAUGACCAUGGUCACAGCCUCCACAUCGCUCACCAUUUUUAUCAUGAACAUCCACUUCUGUGGCGCAGAGGCUAAACCAGUCCCUCACUGGGCCAAAGUCCUCAUCAUUGACUACAUGUCCAAGAUUUUCUGUGUUUAUGAGGUGGGUGAGAACUGUGCCUCAGCAUCCACCUCCACCUCUACUUCCUCCCUUCAUUCCCCCCAGGAUGACAUCCGUUACCAGCACCACAAGUCCCACGUUCAUGCAAACGGUAAACCAGGGAACCAUGCCAGUGGACAUGACUGGCAGAGUCAGAAAUACCCCAGACCUCAGACCCCCAAGCCGCAGCACCAUCCCAGGGUGAGAGCCCAGCAUCACAUCACUAGAGAAGGGAGGAGCCACCUCUCCAGUUCUGCGCCUGGAAAAUAUCAGGGCUCUAACGGAAAGAUCCUUACAGGUGAUUGUUGCAAAGAAGACCAGAAGGUCCCCUGUUAUGCUGAAGACCAAAAGCUUCCAUCUACAGGCCCCACUGUUACCUUUGGCCCCUGUGUGUUCUGUAGCUAUGGUAGUGGUCUCCCUGGCGUGGACACCAAGCUAGUGUGCAAUGUUGAGUAUAUCGCAAACUGUUUCCGAGAGCAGAGGGCCACGUGUGCCAAAGGUGCAGAGUGGAAGAAGAUUGCUAAAGUGAUGGACCGAUUCUUUAUGUGGAUCUUCUUCAUCAUGGUUUUUCUCAUGAGCAUCCUCAUCAUUGGCAAGGCACCGUGA